AUGGCAUUCAAACCCCAGAGGUUUUACCUCCAGAAAUGUGCUACUCGUGAUUCGGAGUCUAAUGUUCCUCUAGUAGAGGGGAUACAUCCUCCUUGUGAAGAGCUUGUUACAUCUACUUACAAUUCAGUGAAUAAGCUUAUCUCUUGUCCUCGUAAGGGUUGUCCCAUGGUAUAUCAGCUGGAAGAGGAAGACAAACACAAGGUCCCCUUCACGGCUAGUUGUCCAUUGUGUACACUUCAUUUCUGCCCUCAGUGUCGGCUUGACAUCCACAGGCCACCUGCAUUUUGCAUGGACAUGAAGAGCUUCAACUCAAAGCUACCAUUCAAUGAUCCUGAAAGAACCACACUUCAGCUGCAAUAUCUCACUCUUCUACAACAAGACAUCGAGCAUAUUAUGGCUCAUUUUCUUUCUCUUGAUCUAGAUAUUCCAUAUAUUUGUCUGUCUUUGCUCAAGAAAGAGCACUUUGGCAUGGGGCACCGUCUCAUUGCUUUGAAGCUCAGGAUCGAGGGAUCGGUGGAUGAGUGUAAGUUUUAUCACGAGGGCAUGUUCUCUGAUCUAUGCUUGAGGCUCGAAUCUGCUUUGGCGAAUUUACUACACAUUUGGUGCCUUCAGGCUUCAGCACAACUCAAGGAAGACCUUUGCGUUUUGUAA